CAAAGUCAUGUGCAAGCUAGUGGUCAUCAAAGUCAUCAAAGCACGAGAGAGGAUAUAGCAAACUAGUACUAUCGACAAGAAGAUAUGUUCGAACAUAUACGUCCCUCAGAAGAAGAAAUGGAAAUAAAUACACGAAGUGCGCAGCAUGUACCUGGUUCUAUUGAGCCUGUUGACGUACAGAAUCUCCUUGCGGCUAUUGCAACAAUUGAAGGCCGUGAUAAGUUGCAGAUCCCAGCCGAACGUACGAUCAAAGCAAACCCAGAACUGUCUAAUCCGCUAUGUUCGCCAACCAGUUAUCCCUGGAGAGUUGCGCGUGUAUUAGAUUCUUUAUCUUCCCUUCUUGUCUCCAAACCUUCUCGAGAAGUUAUUGCAACUGCGCUUCGAGUGGACGAAAAUGCAAAAACGAUCGAAUUUUUUCUUGCUGCUAAUGAUGACGUCUCGUCCAAGACUUCCUCUCACUUGGAAUGGAUCUGGGGGACAAUGAGACAAAUAUCAUCGCGCUAUCGUGAAGCUUACUCCAAUCCCACACAGAACAGCCCGACCCAUAAUAUCAAAGAUGAAAACCUCGUCAGACAAUUCAAUAGCUUCAGUCGCCGGUGUGUUGAAUUCACGGCAAGCAAGAUUAGAAAGCGUGUAAACGGCGGUUUCGGUCAUUUUCAGAAGAUAAACAGAAGCGACUUUGGUGAGAAUCAUCCUUUUCGGCAUAUCAUCCAUACCAUUGUUGCGCUUGAAACCAUUACCAGGGAAGGCGCUCCACACUGGGAACAAAAGCCCGUGGACGACGCAACAUGGGAAAUGUUACUACAUCUCUUGCGUAUGUGCCAACGAAGUAUCAACGAUUUUCUCAAAAAUGGUGCAUUUACGCCAGAUGAACUUCUCCGUGUGAACCAUUUCCCUAAAUGGGAAAGUUAUCUGAGGAAAAUUGCAGGAGUCAUGAAUAAUGUCGACAUUCUGAUAAAGGCCGCGAUUUCCCCGCGCUGUGAGCGUCUCUUUGGGUUGAAAUUCAAGCUUUAUGCUCUACCUGCUAUUUCAUCUCGAUCCAUAUAUAUUCCUCAAACUCCUAAAGAUUGGGAAACCGUGCUUGAAAAAGCACUGUCAGCGAGAAAUCGAAAUGAUGCAGGUGGGCUAGAAAGCCAACCAAAAGUGAUGAACAUGUCUGUUAUCAAUAAUGACACAGCGUACAUGGCUCAGCAAGCCUUGAGUCGAGACCUGGUUGUGCACUGUGAGACUAAAAUACUUCUCCAUAUUGCGCAAUCGGAGAGAGAAAAUCCUCGGCUUACCAAAGCAUAUUCAUACGUUGGAGUUUCGAAACUUUCUUGCCAAGGGUGCCACUGUUUCUUUUUGGCAUAUAACCGUAUUCAUGAUACGCGCUAUUACACCAGGGGAACGCAUGGAAAGUCAUACUGGCCAUGGCAGUUUCCGCAAAACUUCUCUAGGUCCCAAGAGACAGCAGUCUGCAUGUACCAUAUCGUCGCUAGGCGAUGGGUGGAUUCAUACGAUGGUUAUGUUACUGAAAAAGUCCAUUUUGGGCCUGACUCGACUGCAGCAUCCCAGACGUCCCAGACUGUAACUUGGGAAAAAGACAAGCGUAUCCAUGACAAGGUUGAAGAAUUGAUUCGAAAAGUGAACAAUCUCGAGUAAAGUAUGCAGUUUACAGGAGCACAAGGGAUCGGCGGUGAAGUUGUGAUGUGGCCAGGGUCGAGGAUCCAUUUGUUUGAGACGAUGAGAAAUCUGCACUGGGAAGAUUAUAUUCUGACUCAUACCACGAAGAAUCUGUUUGGGUAUUUCGGGAAUGGCUUUACGGGGUGGUGUACUAUGGAAACUGGGGGAAGUUCGUGAGACGGGAGACUGUACUUUGAAUAGCAGGAGUCGAGAGUUCUAAAUUAAUG